AUGCUGGCUUCGCGCGUGGCGCGGGGCUCGUGGGGCGCCCUGCGCGGGGCCACAUGGGCGCGACCGGGCAAGGGGCGCUCCCUCGGGGCCCUGCUGCCGCCCGCACCCAUCUGCCUGGGCCGCCUGGCGGGGCGCUGGUGGCUGCGCCCGGCCGCGCUCGGCCUGAGGCCGCCCGGAGCGGGCCCGCGGGGACACUGCUCGGGCGUCGGGAAGGCGGCCCCCGCGCCCCGGGCCGGAGAGGGCGCCGCCGCCGAGGCCCCGGGCGGCCCGUGGGGCCCGGAGAGCGCCGCCAACCUGUAUGAAAACCCAUGGACAAUACCAAAUAUGUUGUCAAUGACGAGAAUUGGCUUGGCUCCAGUUUUGGGCUAUUUGAUCAUUGAAGAAGAUUUUAAUGUGGCGCUAGGAGUUUUUGCUUUAGCCGGGCUAACUGAUUUGUUGGAUGGAUUUAUUGCUCGAAACUGGGCCAGUCAAAAAUCAGCUUUGGGAAGUGCUCUUGAUCCACUUGCUGAUAAAAUACUUAUCAGUAUCUUAUAUGUUAGCUUGACCUAUGCAGAUCUUAUUCCAGUUCCACUUACUUAUAUGAUAAUUUCAAGAGAUAUAAUGUUGAUUGUUGCUGUUUUUUAUGUCAGAUAUCGAACUCUUCCAGAACCGCGAACACUUUCUAAGUAUUUCAAUCCUUGCUAUGCUACUGCUAGGUUAAAACCAACCUUCAUCAGCAAGGUAAACACAGCAGUCCAGUUAAUCUUGGUAGCAGCUUCUUUGGGAGCUCCGGUUUUCAAUUAUGCUCACGGCUUUUAUCUUCCAGUACUGUGGUGCUUUACAGCUUUCACCACGGUUGCAUCAGCUUACAGUUAUUAUCAUUACGGUCGGAAAACUGUUCAGGUGAUAAAUGGCAGAUGA